AUCGGUGGGAUAAUGUCUCACAUCGUUUACCACUUACAUAAAAUUCAAUUUAAGGAGCAUCCCUCUCUAAAACCUUCUGACUUACCACUUGUGAUAACCAAAUUCUACCAACACAUCCUUGCCUUGUCCUUUGCUGUGAAGGAGAUCAAUGAGGACUUCCAGAUCUUACCUAACAUCACUCUUGGGUUCCACAUCUAUGAUAGUUAUCAUAAUCCAAGGAUGACCUAUCGCACCACUGUGGACCUGCUUUUCAAAUCCCAGGAAUUUGUCCCUAACUACAAAUGUGAUAGCCAGAAGAAUCUCAUGGCCAUCAUUGGGGGACUAAGUCCUGAUACAUCAUCUUAUAUAAAUGAACUUGUAGGUUUCUUCAAGAUUCCACAGCUGACCUAUGGCUCAUUAGCCCAAGAGGAAUUUCAGAGCAAUAAGCGAUCUUCACUUUAUUUCAUGGUCCCAAAAGAGGACCAUCAGCACAUUGGGAUUGUCCAACUGCUUCAUCAUUUCAGCUGGACAUGGAUUGGGAUUUUUGCUGUAGAUAACAACAAUGGAGAAAAUUUCUUACAGGAAUUGGAGCCCCUACUUUCACAGAAUGGCAUCUGCUCAUCAUUCAUUCAAAGGCUUUCACAACUCAUCAACCUGGCAGACUUCAAAGAAAUUUAUCUCCAAGUUUGGAGCAUUUCCAUUAAUUUGAUGAAUAGCAAAGCCAAGACAUUUCUUGUCUAUGGAGAAUCAUUGACCAUAAUGACUCUCAGAGGUGUCACAUUUCUGGAAGAUUCUGGAAAUAAGACAACUGCAUUACUUGGAAAGGUGUGGAUCAUGACUGCACAGAUUGAUUUUACGCUCUCGGGCCUUCAAAUCACGUGGGAUCUCCAGAUGUUCCAUGGGGCUAUUUCCUUCACAGUUCAUUCAAGAGCAGUUGCAGGUUUCAAGGAAUUUCUUCAGACUAUCAAACCUCAUUCAGGCUGCAGAGAUGGAUUUCUGCAGGAUGUUUGGGAACAAGCAUUUGAUUGUGCAUUUCCAAAACCAGAGUUACAAGAAAUGCAGAGUAAAAAAUGCACUGGGGAGAUGAAGCUGGAGGAUCUUCCUGGACCUGCCUUUGAAAUGGAGAUGACAGGCCAAAGCUACAGCAUCUACAAUGCUGUUUAUGCUGUGGCUCAUGCUUUGAAAGCUCUAUGCACAUUGCAUUUCAAUAGAAAAAAAACCAUGAGGUGUAAAAAUCCUGAGCUUCCAGAUCUGCAAUCUUGGCAGCUCCAUCCAUUUCUUCAAGGCAUUUCUUUUAACAAUACAGCCGGAGAGACAGUGUUCCUGAAUGACAAAGGAGAAGCAAUGGGUGGAUUUGACAUCAUUAAUUUCAUCCCUUUUCCAAAUCGAUCCUUUCAGAGAGUUAGAGUUGGAAAAAUAGAUCCUCAUGCUCCAAAAGAGAAGGAAUUAUUCAUUGAUAAAGAUAGGAUUGUCUGGCACCCAGCUUUUAAUCAUGUUCUUCCAUUUUCUCGAUGCAAUGACCCCUGUUUCCCUGGAUCCUGGAAGAAAGGGAUUGAGGGGGAACAGUUCUGUUGCUAUAACUGUGUUCCAUGCCCAGAAGGGAAGAUUUCAAAUGAAAAUGAUAUGGAAGAUUGUUUUGAAUGUUCAGAAGAUCAUUAUCCAAAUAAGGAAAAAAAAGGAUGCAUCCUGAAAUUGGUGUUGUUUCUAACCUUGGAAGAAACCUUAGGAAUUGGUUUAGUCUCAGCAGCUCUUUGUUUCUUCUUCUUGACAUCUUGGAUACUUGGAACUUUUAUUAAGUACAGGAAUACUCCCAUUGUCAGAGCCAACAACCGGUCCCUCACCUACACCCUCCUUGUCUCUCUUCUGCUCUGUUUUCUCUCCUCUUUGUUCUUCCUCAGUCAGCCUGGCAAAGUGACUUGCCUUCUCCGACAAUCAGCUUUUGGCAUCACUUUCUCAGUGGCCAUUUCUAGUGUAUUGGCCAAAACGAUCACUGUGGUUGUGGCUUUCAUGGCCACUAAACCAGGAUCUCAGAUGAGGAAAUGGGUGGGGAAAAGAUUGGCUUUUUGUACUGUCCUUUUCUGUUCUCUCUUCCAGGUAUGUAUUUGUAUUCUUUGGUUGUCAAUAUCUCCCCCAUUCCCUGAAUUGGACAUGCACUCAGAGCUCAAGGAAAUGAUUUUACAGUGUAAUGAGGGGUCAGCUUUCUUCUUCUACUGUGUCUUGGGCUACAUGGGUAUCUUGGCCAUUGCCAGCUUUAUUGUAGCUUUCCUUGCCCGUAAAUUACCUGACAGCUUUAAUGAAGCCAAGUUCAUCACCUUCAGCAUGUUGGCCUUUUGCAGUGUGUGGAUCUCCUUCUUUCCAGCCUAUCUGAGCACAAAAGGCAAAGCCAUGGUAGCUGUGGAGGUCUUCUCCAUCUUGUCCUCCAGUGCUGCAUUACUGGGAUGCAUAUUCUUGCCAAAGUGCUACAUCAUUGUUUUACGGCCACAGCUCAACCACCGGAAGCAACUCAUAAAGAAGAAUUAGUGUACCACAUGUUAUUUCUCAGUAGGAGAAAUUGCUCUCUAAAAAGAAUAAAAAGACUGCUUGACCAGUAGAGAAAACAUAUAAGUUUUUCUUUCUGUCACAGAAAA